AUGGAUAUCGAUCCUAUCAGAAGAAACAAAAAGCCACGCCUCCUAUUGGAGUCGGAGCGCGAACGCCUAGAUGAAUUUAUCGACUCCAUUCACUACUCUGCUCGGUACUCAGAUGACAAGUAUGAAUACCGUCACGUGCAACUUCCCAAGAACAUGCUCAAGAAGAUCCCCAGCGACUACUUUGACAGCUCGAAGGGCACAUUGAAAUUGCUUUGGGAAGAAGAAUGGCGCGCAUUGGGAAUUACACAGAGUUUGGGAUGGGAACACUACGAAGUGCAUGAACCGGAGCCCCAUAUCCUUCUGUUCAAACGACCCCUGAACUACCAACCUCCGCAAGUGUAA